UUAACAUUUAUAUUUGGAUUUUUAAACACAAACGAUAUUUUUUGAGCCUUAGCUUUGAAAAAAUACUGAAAAGGGUACCUGGUUUAGGAGCCAGGUACACGCGCUCAGUUUCCUCCCAUCACUGAUCCUGGAAGCAUUGCAAUCGGGAGUCAAAGUAAUUGCAUAAAUUAGCGGCAUAUAAAUCUGAUCAGCUAGAAUUUUAUAAAGAAAUUAACAGGUAUAUUGUGUGAGAAGCAGGCAGGUCCAGAAGCUCACAGAACAGGAACUAUAACCCUACGAUUAACCAAACCUAAAAAGUGGGCCUUGAAAUCUCGAAUACAAAGAAACUUUUCAAAGAGGAGUAACAGUAAAAGGGUGACAUUUUCUACGAACCAAAAAUAUGACCGACGUAAAGUUAACCGUGGCCCUGACCAGCGUCAAUGGGGAGAACAUGUCCCGGCACGAUAUGCUCCAGUGGGUCAACACCAUGGUCCAGGGGCACUUCAAGAAGAUCGAGGAGCUGUGCUCCGGUGCCGCCUACUGCCAGAUGAUGGAGAUGAUCUACCCCAACUGCAUUAACCUGAAGCGCGUCAAGAUGACGGCCAAACUGGAGCACGAGUAUCUGCACAAUCUAAGGCUCUUCCAGGAGGCCUUCAACCGCAUGAAGGUGGACAAGGCGGUGCCCAUCGAUCGUCUGAUCAAGGGACGAUUCCAGGACAACUUUGAGUUCCUGCAGUGGUUCAAGAAGUUCUUCGACUCGCAGGCUCCUGGUUUGGAGAACAUAAAGGCCUUGGCCAAUGCGCCGGUGAGCAAACCGAUCAAGCCACGCGUUUUCGCCAAGGAGCGAUCGCCGGUAAACACCAAUGAUGACGGGCUCAAGGAGCUAAUUGGUGAAAUGCAGACCCUCAGCCUGAGGAGAGAGGACAUUCUGGAGGAGAUAAACAAGUUCUACAACAAGUUGCGUUUGGUUGAGGAUCUGGUAAACUCGGCGGCCAGCGAUACGCAGAAUGUUAAACGUGUUCAACUUUGCAAACGCAUACAGACGGUGCUCUGCAAGACGAUAGAUGGUCAGACCAACGAGGAGCCCAUUGAAAUUAAUGAUGAUGAAGCUGCGGAUCCCAAUGAAGGAUUGUAUUAGGUCCUGUAUUUUUUAUAAUUAUUGUAUUAUGUAUAAACGAAUGCUUUGUGAA